AUGCCUCGCCGUAUCCUCGCAUCAUCGUUUUCCCGCCCCUCAAACUACGUCAUGAAUUAUCGGGGGCGCCGCUGGCGCAGUUUAGGCGCCGAUUAUACGGCAGUCCAUGCGGCGUGGUGGCGCAUGUUGAACAGCACUAAUUGGAUCACGCUUGAUCUCACCUUCCACUCUCUCUUUCUCUUCCUCAACACGAUUGAGGACGGCCCACUUGCGUUUGAGUCGGCCACCGAAUACAACCGCCGCCUGUUCAGAAACUGGAACACCUAUCUCAACCAGCGCGAUGUCGUGGGCCGGAUUCAAGAAGGGCGUGAACCGCGCCACCACACAGGCCAAGUCGAGAGGACGAACGACCGAGACUACGAGGUCGAGGAGAGGAGGUACCGGACGAUGGAAUCGGCCGCGAACCGGCUACAGAAGGAAGCGAAAGGCUAUCUCGACAGUCUACGAGCCAUGACAGCAUCCCAAAUGAGGAUAGCAGAGACGAUCGACGCAUUCUACGGCGACGCUGGUACCAGAGAUGGAGUUUCGCGAUCCUACAAGCAGGCCGUCGAAGAUUUAGACGCCGAAACCAUCAAAGCGCUUGAUGGUCCAUACCGAGCAACCGUGCUUGAACCGAUCUCCCGCUUCUGCGCAUACUUCCCCGAUAUCAACGAAUGCAUCAAGAAACGAAAUAACAAACUCCUCGACUAUGAUUCCAUGCGUUCAAAGGUCAAAAAACUGGUCGAGAAACCCGACAAGGAUGUUACCAAACUACCUCGCGCGGAGAAAGAAGCAGAAAUGGCCAAGCAAGCAUACGAACAACUCAACGAACAACUCUUUACUGAACUUCCCCAACUCAUCGAUCUCCGUGUUCCCUACCUCGACCCUAGCUUUGAAGCGCUAGUCAAAAUUCAACUCCGGUUCUGCGCAGAAGCCUACAGCCGCAUGGCACAGGUGCAGCAGUACUUAGACCCAGAAACUAGAGAACAAUAUGCACGUGGAGACCUGGAUAACCGCGUCGAGCAAGUUCUCUCAGAGAUUCGAGAUUUAACCAUUGCUGGAACUGUCUAA